AUGGAUGGCUUGAACAAAGGUGCUCUUCACCCUGAACCAAAGAAGUUCAAGGUCCCUAAGGGACCCAAGCCGAUUGCCCAUAAAAACAAGAACUUGAUCGGUUUAGGACGCUCGAUCGCAAACAAAAGGAGAACUGAAAAUGAAGUCCAAAUUCUUCCCGAUGGCGAAAUGAGAUUUACGACCGACAAAAGAGAGGCUGACUGGGUCAAGCUUCGUAGUGUGACCCAGGAGAAUGCAUUGGAUGAGUUUUUGAACACGGCAGAAAUGGCAGAUACAGAUUUCACGGCUGAGAAGCAUCAGCUGGUGAAAAUCAUCAAGGUUGGUAAUAAUACUGUGGUGCCCCAAACUGGGUUGUUGAGCCCAGAGGAGGUUCUUGAGCUUCGUAAAAAGCACCAGGUUUUCGAAAACAAGUUGACGAUUCCAAGACGGCCCAAAUGGAACAAGUCGCAACUGCGUAUCGAAAUCGAUCGUCAGGAGAACCUUGCUUUCUUGGACUGGCGUCGUGAAUUGGCAGCAUUAACAGAGAAUAACGACUUGUUAUUAACUCCUUUUGAGCGUAAUUUGGAGGUGUGGAAACAGCUUUGGCGUGUGGUUGAACGAUGUGAUUUGGUGGUGCAAAUUGUCGAUGCUAGGGCUCCGCUCUUUUUCAGAUCGGUGGAUUUGGACCGCUACGUGAACAGUUUGAGCACAGAAGAACUGCCAAAACGUAACUUGUUGUUGGUGAACAAGGCUGAUUUGCUUACAGAAACUCAGCGUAAAGCAUGGGCAGAUUACUUUAACGACGUGGGCAUCAACUAUGUGUUUUUCUCUGCUGUUCGGGCUGCUGAGCAAACUGAGGCAGAGCUUGCGGCUGAGGCAGCGGCUGCUGAAAGAGAGACCGACUCUGAUUCUGAACCUGAACAGGAUUCUGACGCUGUAAUUGAAGAUUCAGUUCAUAAAGACCCAACCCGUAUCUUGGGUGUCGAUGAGCUCGAGGCACUUUUCCUUUCCGAGUCACCCAGAUCUCCUUCUGACGAAUCAAAGCUCCAAAUUGGACUUGUUGGUUACCCCAAUGUGGGUAAAUCCUCCACGAUCAAUGCCCUUGUCGGUGCCAAGAAGGUUUCCGUAUCGGCUACUCCAGGUAAAACUAAACAUUUCCAAACCAUCCACCUUUCUCCUGAAGUAUUGUUGUGCGAUUGUCCUGGUCUUGUGUUCCCCAAUUUCGCCUAUACCAAAGGAGAGUUGGUGUGUAAUGGUGUACUUCCUAUUGAUCAAUUAAGAGAGCAUAUUCCACCUGUAUCUUUGGUUUGUCAAAGAGUACCCAAGUUUUUCCUCGAGGCGGUUUACGGUAUACAUAUUCCCAUUCAAAAACAAGAAGAUGGAGGUAACGGAACUUAUCCUACUGCGAGAGAGCUACUUAAUGCAUACGCUCGUGCUCGUGGAUACAUGACACAAGGUUUCGGUAGUGCUGAUGAGCCUCGUGCCGCUCGAUAUAUCUUGAAAGAUUAUAUCACCGGAAAACUUUUGUUUGUGAACCCACCGCCGAAGAAGGGAACAAACGGUGAAUGGGAGCUUGCCCUGGUUGAAGAAGGACGUGAUUUUAAUAAGGAAUUGUUCACAUUGGACCAUCUUCCAGAGUCCAGACAGCAACAGAUCGAGACGGCACUUUCACACAAAAACAUGGAUGUUAAUGAAUUCGAUCUUUCUCGAGACUUGGCUAAGCUUACAUUUUCUAUGCAUUCAGGAGGAGAAACGGGAGAGACCAAAUUUUACGGGGGAAAACAAGCGGCAUUGGAAAGUGCCGGUGACGAUCUUGACCGGGAAUUUUUCAAGAUGAACAAUGUCAAUGGAAAGUUUUCCACUCCAUUCCACAAGUUGGGAUCGGGAAGUGGCAGCAAGAAGCAUGGUAAGAAGAACAAGAAGGCGGAAAAGAAGAAACGGGUUACUGGAUAUUGA